GAGAGUCUUUAGGGAUGAAAUUGUGAAGUUUCGGAAACAAGGGUGUCUCCAUCUGUUACCCUCACACACACCUAGUAUCAACUUUCUUCUCUUUUUUUUUUUUUUUCCAUUUCACUAGCACUUUUGUAUUACAAUUACAUUGGAGUGAUGGAAGAAGGAAGGGUGUCUUCAGGAAAUGAGAACCAAAGCAGGUUCAAAAGGAUAUGUGUUUUCUGUGGUAGUAGAGUUGGACACAAGUCUGCAUUCAGUGAUGCUGCUCUUGAGCUUGGUAAAUUGAUGGUUGAAAGGAGAAUUGAUUUAGUCUAUGGAGGAGGAAGCUUAGGACUAAUGGGUUUGAUCUCUCAGACUGUGUUAAAUGGAGGUUGCCAUGUUCUUGGAGUGAUUCCUGAAGCUCUAUUGCCUCCUGAGAUAUCUGGAGAAACUUUUGGAGAAGUGAAAGCAGUUGCCGAUAUGCAUGAAAGGAAGUCAAUAAUGUAUGAACAAGCUGAUGCAUUCAUAGCACUUCCUGGAGGCUAUGGAACCAUGGAAGAGCUGCUAGAAGUGAUAGCUUGGUCUCAAUUGGGAAUACAUGACAAACCAGUGGGAUUGUUGAAUGUAGAUGGGUAUUUCAAUAGCUUGUUGAGCCUAUUUGAUAAGGGAGUGGAAGAGGGUUUUAUAGAAAACUCUGCAAGGCAUAUUGUGGUCAUAGCAGACACAGUAAUAGAACUCAUAAAGAAAAUGGAGGAAUAUGUUCCUCCAGUCCAUGGCAUAGUUGCACAAAAAUAAAGUUGGGGAGUGGACCAAUUAUUAGAGCCUACUCAAAGUGGGGAACCUCUAGGAUCUUAAAUCUCCAUCAUCCAUCACUAUGAAAAACAAAAUAAAACACAUAAUUCAGUUUAGUUCCAUUUUGCUGAGAAGAAAAUGACACCAAAGUACCCUGUCUCUUUCUCUGCUGUGCAAGUCUCAAGAUCCCACAUCUCAAUUCUCAA